AUGCAGGACGCCGGGGUGGCUUUUCCUUCGAUUAUGGCCUCGCGCUGGACUCUACCUGGCUCCCAAAUAGACGAGAUCGUGGAUCGGCAGAUAGCCGACGGUCUCGUCCACCCGGACCUGAAGGAGAAGAUCAGCUUCGUGCUGCUGAGGAAACACCGUCACCAGACCAAGAAGCCCAUCCACCGCUCGCUGGCCGACAUCGGGAAGUCCUCCAGCGCCGCAUCCAACCGCAGUCCUCAGGUUAAUCUGAAACAUAGCACUAACUCAGCUUCUGGGAUCCACCGCUCCACAGAAGACCUACACUCUCGGCAGACCAGCAGUCUUAGCCGCCUGCAUCAAGCCCAGAGCCGGAGCAUGAAUGAUAUUUCGGACACACCAAGCACAGACCAGCUGAAGAAUAAGUUCAUGAAGAAGAUUCCUCGUGACGCCGAAGCUUCCAACGUCCUGAUCGGCGAGGUGGAUUUUCUGGACAAACCCUUCGUCUCGUUUGUACGCUUGGCUCAGGCCACCACUCUGGGGGGCCUCACCGAAGUCCCUGUACCGACAAGGUUUCUCUUCAUCUUGCUGGGUCCUCAUGGCAAAACCAAGUCCUACAAUGAGAUCGGCCGAGCUAUCGCUACGCUCAUGGUGGACGAUCUGUUCAGCGAUGUCGCCUACAAAGCCCGGGACCGGGAAGACCUGAUCGCGGGUGUGGAUGAGUUUCUGGAUGAGGUGAUUGUCCUCCCUCCAGGAGAAUGGGACCCCAAAAUACGCAUCGAACCCCCCAAGAAGGUUCCAUCGGCAGAAAUGAGGCAUGUACAUUUAUCACUUCAUCAUGUUAUCAAACACCAUUUACCCUCUGAGGGAUCACCGGGCUUCUGUCUCCGUAACGAUGUCCCUUAACGUUGUUCGGGUAGGUUUGCAGGCGGAUUAUGGCUGGACAUCAAGCGGAAGGCCCCGUGGAUUUGGAGUGACAUCUACGACGGCUUCCAUAUCCAGUCCAUCUCCGCCGUGGUCUUCAUCUACCUGGGCUGCAUCACCAACGCCAUCACCUUCGGGGGACUGCUCGGGGACGCUACCGACAACUACCAGGGAGUGAUGGAGAGUUUCCUCGGCACGGCGCUAGCGGGGACGGUGUUUUGUGCUUUCAGCGGGCAGCCGCUCAUCAUCCUCAGCUCGACUGGACCCAUUCUCAUCUUUGAGAAACUGCUCUAUGAAUUCAGCAAGAGCAAUGGUAUAGACUACAUGGAGUUGCGUCUGUGGAUCGGCAUCCACUCGUGUUUCCAGUGUUUCCUGCUGGUAGUCUCGGACGCCAGCUACAUUAUCAAGUACAUGACGCGCUUCACGGAGGAAGGGUUCUCCAGCCUCAUCUCCUUCAUAUUCAUCUCCGAUGCCAUCAAGAAGAUGGUCGGAGCCUUGAAAUAUUACCCAAUCAACCGUGGCUUCAAGCCUGACUACAUAACUUCCUACAGGUGUGACUGCAUCGCCCCGGACCAGGCAUCUGUGCUCGGCUUUAAUGUUUCAGCUCCACUCGCAGAUGAUAACAUGACUCUGCUGGUAAGUGAUAAACAGCAGAGAACUUUCCCCUCUUUAUGCCCAACCCUAGAACCUCCAUAUGUGUCCCAGAAUGUCCUCUCCCAUGUUGUCCCCCCUCUGCUCUCCCUGAAUGUGCUCCAGCUCCGUUCCCUCAUCAGCGAUUUCUCCGUCAUCAUCUCCAUCCUGGUCUUCUGUGGGGUGGAUCGCCUGAUGGAGCUGGACACCCCCAAACUGCACGUGCCCACUGAGAUCAAGCUGAGGAAGCUAAUCAGUGAUUUUGCCAUCUUCAUGUCAAUCAUGUCCUUUGUGGGUCUGGAUAUGUUGAUGGGGUUAGACACACCCAAACUAAUCGUUCCAACUGAGGUCAAGAUCCUGGGUCUGAUGGUCGUGAGGAAGCUGCUGGAUCUGAUGUUCUCCCAGCACGACCUGGCCUGGCUGGACGACAUCCUGCCAGACAAAGACAAGAAGAAGAAGGAGGACGACAAGACGAAGAAGAGGGAUAAAAGGGCCGCGGAGCCCGAGAGCGACGAGGAGCCCAGCUCCGUACCCCCCCCAGUGAAGAUCCCCAUGGAGACCAUAGAGCCCCACACAGUGCCAGUCUCUGACCACGUUAACCCCCCCGCCCAAAACCAGACCUCUGAUUGUGAGUACGCCGACCCUUUCCUCCCCCUCUUGUUGUGUUAGUUUCUAGUUGUGUAAAUGUUUGAUGCCAUUUAUCAAAUGUGAUAGAGUGAUAAUAGAGCUUUUCGUAGAGGUUGCUUGUGACGAUGGAUGACCUAUUUU